AUGGGAUCACAGAAAGACGAAAAACUCUCUCAAUUCGUUGAGUCAAAGAUAAGAAUAUGGUACCGAAUGCACAACAAGAAGGGGACAGGACUUAUGUCAAAGAGCGAGUACAAGGAGAUGGCGGACACGUUUAUACGGGAGUUUCGGUUGGAGAGCGAGGAGGCUGACGAGAUACAAAAGUGGCUUGUCGACGGCUGGGCCGCCCUCGUGGAAUAUGUGGGAAACAUGGACAAAAAGGCGGGAUCUUCCGGUCCGCUGGCUCGGGACCAGAUCCUCACGGCCGUGCAGGUGGCGACGGCGGUGGCCACGGACAUGAAUGUCACAGAAGACAUGUACAUCCGGGCGUACGGCGAGAUUCUCCGACUAAAACCGUGCCCGUUCCCCAUAUAUUUCUCCCUGAUGGUCGAGACUUUCUUCGAUAUCUUCGACGGCGACAAAGACGGCUUUAUAACUGUGGACGAAAUGGUGAAGGGAUUGGCGUGCUUUGGUUUCACCGACACAGACCGUGUAAAAGCGGUUUUCAAAGACCUGACCAUGGACUCCAGCGACAGUCUUGACCGGAAGACGUACGUGGACGCAUGGCUUGAAUUCGUACAGGGGAACGAUCGGGAGGCUGCAAUGGCCAAACAUUUCACCCCGGAAAUGGUGAAUGAACGGAUGUGA